AUGACUGCCUUUCGGAACCAUCUCGCCAGAUACCGCGAGAAACGUGCUCAUGUUGCUCAGAGCUUUGCGCAGUUCGACUUGUUUACCUGCACGCUUGCUAUCCUUAGCUUCACUCGACCUCCUAUGUACGUACGGUGCGCUGUCACGCCAGCUUGGCCUUCCUGCGGCGGCGGCGGCGGCGGCGGCGAGCUACGAACGAGGUCCCAUGGUUGUGCAACCAUGCGCCACGACAUAGCAGCCAACGAGACCAAACUUGUUGUCCCGCAGCGUGUAGUCCUUGCAGUCUUCGCCAACGAUGGACACAGACUGGUGACCUGUGGCAUGGGCCACUCUGCGCUGUAA